CUCCACGCUCCACCUCAUAAAGUUGUAUUGCCAGUAGAUCAACUCACCGACAUCUGGACACGGACUCCGUUUCCUAAUACGGAUGAGCAGACUCUGCUAAUACCAUAUGGACCAACAAUCUCAGAAUCGCCAUCGCCGGCGUCGUCGCGUUGCAGACACCAGCCGGAAGCGCGCAGCCAGAGCUUGCGAUCGCUGUAAAGCAAGAAAAAGUAAAUGCAUCGAAACACGCCCGGGCUCAUGCCAGCGAUGUCAGGCCAGCAACCUCAGCUGCCACUUCGAAAAGGAGAGGCUUCCUUCAUCAGACAGCGAGACUUCGACGCCUCAACCCGUUGUCUUUCAGAAUGAAGUCUUGGACGGACCCGAGGAAAACAUUACUAUUGAUAACCACCCGACUGAAAGUAUACUCUGGCCCCGUUUUCUUUCUAGAUUGAGGCAAGCUUUCUUCAUAGACUCUGUACCCAAUCCCGAAGAACAGGAAGUCGUCGUUACGCAAGCGCAAACCGCCCAUACCAACCGCCUUUCGGACAGCGAGUAUGCACGCUUAAAGUCCGUAGUUGAUUCUUUUCCCCCACGACCUGUGGCCGACUUUUUGGUGUCAGUGUGUAUCAGACAUGGUGUUGACAUUUUUUUCUACUUUGAUCAAGCUCAAAUUAUGGAUGAGAUUGCCCAGUUCUACACCAACAGCUCGUCACCACUUCGAACCGAUCCAAGCUUUAUCUGCCUAGCUCUCGGACUGUUCGCUCUGGGGAGUAAUUGGACACCUCUCGAGAGGCCGAUCGACUCUCCAUUGCCUCACGGCGAUGACAGUGAUCUUGGCCGAGUCUUUUUUAGACAAGCCAAACUUUUGAUACCUGAUGUGAUCGAAAGGACGGACUUGAAAGCCAUUCAAGCAUGCUUUCUUCUUGGUAUAUAUCUCAUGCCUCUGAAUGCUGCUGGUUCCUCCUAUGUCUACAUGGGCAUGGCGUUGCGAAAGGCAUUGGCUUUUGAUUUGCAUCAGAGUCCAGAUGAUCAGAUGAUUGAUGACCGGGAGAAGGAGAUUCGGUGCCGACUCUGGUGGUCAAUAUAUUCACUCGAACGCUGCACAACUCUAAAGUUAAAUCGUCCCCGAUCUGUCCCCGCAAACAUCAUAGGAAUACCCUUACCUUCCCCGAUGCCUUCUCUCGACAGGGACCAGAAAUUCGAAAACCUUGAGCUCCAGAUAGCCUAUGCGCGCCUAAUGUUGAUCCUCGAUGGCUACUCAGACUCAACUAGCUGGCUUGCAAACUCCUCAACACCAACUGAUCCAAAUAAAAUCCAAGCUGAACUAAGGAGCUGGAAAAGGUCUUUACCGGAAGAAUUUGACUUGGAGGAUACCGAUCCACGCAGCUCAAGAUACCGAGCGAUUUUCCAUCUCUACCUCAAUUAUUACUAUGCUUGGAUCGUUAUUGGAAAGGCUUCUCUGAUCAUGAGAGUAAGGACAAAUCUUCAACAUCACCUAGGCCAAGGAUCUCAACCCCGUCCAGUUGAUCCGACUGCCGAGAAUCUGUCCGCUUCCUGCACUAGAGCUGCCAAAAAGCUACUCCAGUUAUUCGAUAAACUUGUUCAAUCUGGAAACUCUGCUCGAUUCUCAUUUACCGACUUCCAAGGUUGCAGCAUUGCAACUAUCAUUACUCUUAUUGCAGGCAUCCUCCAGCGUGACUCUACGUACGAUACUAGGGUAAACUUUGGUCUCAACUGUCUACGGCAGAUGGUGAAUGGGAACCCAGCAGCUACAGUAGGCGUCAAGUUCGUGGAAACACUGCAGUCCAUUUCUAACGAAUCGGCUCGAAAACUACGCCAGUCGGGCACUUUCACGGAUACACAUGAACGAGAAGAGGCAACGUCGCCCUCAGCGUACAAUUAUUGGGCAGAGUGGCUUGCGGCGCAGGAGCGGUCGUUCAAUCAAGGAUACUCGGUACCGGCAAGGGAGACAACUUCUGGGAAUGUACCAGUAGGAGGAACACCGUCGUUAUGGCCAGUCUCGAUAACCCUUGGAGAGAGCUGGAGUGGAGAGCUACAUCCAGGGGUUGAGGCUUCCUCUGCACAGCGACCAUCGAUAUCACUGCCCAGCGCGUCAGGGUUGGAUAUAGUGGGGAACGACCAUCUUUCGACGCUGUAUCAUGAUGACCAGAAUUUCCUGAUGGGCCUCACUGGAUUAGACGUUCUGGACUUUGCUGGAUACUCAUCUUAACCAGCAGUCAAAUAAGGUCAUGAACAGCGAGGUAGAAGAGGGAGCAGCCAAGCCUUCCGGUCCCUGAGGUUUCGAAAAGACACCAACAAGAAUAAUAAUACUCCUGUCUUUGAGAGCCGCUUGUAAUGUAGGUGAUGGCAACAAGC